UACGUCACUUUGCUAUUUUUGAUGUUUUCAGUAAAAUGUUCUAAUUUUUAUUAAUUUUGUUCUAUGGCAGUGUUAUUGUGCUAUUUAUGUUAUUCAAAAUAAACAUAUGGUCCACAUAUGGAAGAUAUUAUAUAUUAGCUCGCAAGCUAGUAACCUCGUCCCCUAUACCGAACUCCGAAGGACUGUCGUGCCAUUUGUUUAGGUAUGUCGGUUUGGUCAGCCAGUACUGUCGGGCAUCAGAACACUCGAUACAGUCACUCAAAUAGCUGGUGUCCAAAUCUGACGAAGUGGAAUUGAUGACAGGUCUUUAGAGAAGCCUUAAACUCAGUUUUUCCUGCACAAACUCCAGGCGGAAUCCAAGUGUUUUUGAGUCAAUCACAAGUGCGUGAUGUCCGGUGAGACGCCCAUCCAGUCCGCAGAUGCGUUGCACACACCAGCGUAUCUGUCAUGGCGAAAAUUGCAACUCAGCCGCGCCAAACUCAAGGCUUCUAGCAAAACGUCGGCGCUAUUGUCUGGCUUUGCUAUGGUAGCGAUGGUUGAAGUACAAUUGAAUCCGCCAAAUGAUACGAAAGUGCCUCCAGCGAUGCUCGUAGCGUUCACAGUGUGCACCACUUUAUUAGUAGCCGUUCAUAUGCUGGCCUUAAUGAUAAGCACAUGCAUCCUACCAAACAUAGAAGCAGUGGGCAACCUCCACAGUAUAUCACUAGUGCACGAAUCUCCACACGAGAGGUUGCAUUGGUACAUCGAGAUAGCAUGGGCGUUUUCAACUCUGUUAGGCCUCAUUCUGUUCCUAGUAGAAAUAGCCAUUUUAUGCUGGGUAAAAUUCUACGAUCUAAGCGAAACGGCUGCCUGGUCCGCCUGUGUUGUCUUAAUACCAGUUAUGAUAGUAUUUUUGGCGUUCGCAAUACACUUUUAUAUGUCCCUAGCGACGCAUAAGUAUGAAGUUACGGUAACGGGUAUAAAGGAAUUGGAACUGCUAAAAGAACAGAUAGAAAUGGAUGAUCACGAUUCCCGGAUGAACAACCUUACGCUUUUAGACCAGAGUAGGAUAGUAUGAUUAGUAUUUAAGAUUGUUACUCCUUUGGAUUGUUGCUGCAUGUAUUCGAAUAUUAAAAUACUUCCUUUGUUUUUUAGGUAAUAAUCACGUUUUGCGCAAUAACCAUUGUAUAUUUGCGUUUUAGAGAUAUUUAAUUUAGUUGUGUAUU